CCUCCCUUCACAAACCAAUUAAGCAUUAUCCUCUUCCUUAAUUCUCCUAACAAAUUACAUUCCCAUCUUCCUCUUUUCCAGAGGACAAUCAAUAUUCACACAGGAACAAGAAGUUUCUCUUCCUCAAGCUUUACCAUAGAAACUAAACAAAAGCAAUGGCGAACGCGGCGUCAGGGAUGGCAGUGGAAGACAACUGCAAGCUGAAGUUUUUGGAGCUAAAGAAAAGAAUCUUUCGGUUCAUAAUAUUCAGGAUUGACGGGCAGCAAGUGGUGGUGGAAAAGUUAGGAAACCCCCAAGAGACUUACGAUGAUUUCACCGCUUCCCUCCCUGCCGACGAGUGCCGCUAUGCGGUUUUCGAUUUCGAUUUUACCACCAAUGAAAAUUGCCAGAAGAGCAAAAUCUUCUUCAUAGCCUGGUCACCGGAUUCAUCUAGAGUGAGGAUGAAGAUGGUGUACGCAAGCUCUAAGGAUAGGUUCAAGAGAGAAUUGGAUGGCAUUCAGGUGGAGUUGCAAGCCACUGAUCCUAGCGAGAUGAGUUUCGACAUUAUCAAAAGCCGAGCUCUCUAGAUCUUUUCGUUGUUUUUCAUCAAAAAAGCAUCUAAGAUAUCAUCUUUCGUAUUUCUGAUAUUCCAAAAAAGAAAAAACUGAAACAUUUUUCAGUAUUAUGUAAUUUCCUUGGUUUAAGAACUGAAUUGUUCAUCGUCGUUUUCAUUCAUAUAUUCACUUGUCUUUGUAAAUAAUGUAAUACUCCCGUUUGGGAGAAGUUGAACCCAUGUUGAGCAUGUUUGUGUAACAUCUCAAAGAGUAAAUUAUUCUCUGUAUCCAUGCUUACAACAUGUCGAUAUGUCCGAGUGGUUAAGGAGACAGACUUGAAAUCUGUUGGGCUUCGCCCGCGCAGGUUCGAACCCUGCUGUCGACGUUUUAUUAUCUCGUACGGGGCUCUUUUGAGUGUAAUCAUUAUCUGGGAAGUAUAUAGUCGAUGUAACUUGUUUAAGAAGUUAGUUCCACGUAACGGUUCGGGUUUUGGCAAAAUAUUAUUUUUCUAUCCAGUUUCAGUAACUACCACCACAAGAGUACACACCUGUACACGCCUCUGAGGCUCUGAAUAUAAAAGUCGAUAGGGAUCAAUGACGUUGACGUUUGUGGCCCACGCGAUGGCGGCGAUUAUGGUGCUGGUUUGGAAUAUCAGCUACAGAGGUGGAUUGGCGUGGGAAGGUGAAA